AGAUACGGUUGCUAUUUUACAGUCGGGUGUCGUUUUGAGCGGGAUGUUCAAACAACAAUCAAAUAACAACAUAAGUCAUUUUGUGAUUUUCGUUAAUAAACUACUCAAACAAAAAGAAGUCUAAAAGAUGGAGACAGGAACUGAGUUGGUCCAAGAGCUGCAGUCACUGCGUGAGAGACUUCAGCAGGCCAGGGGCAAGCUGCAGUUCUGGAUGAAAGAUGAGAUGGACCAACUACUGCAGGCACGCACCACUCACCACCAGAGUGUGCUCAAAACACUUCAAAUUGAAAAGCUGGACAAUGAGAAAUAUAAUGCUGAAGUAAAGCAGUUGUCACAGACAGUUGAAAAUUUACGAAAUGAACUGGAGGAAUUGUACACAGUCACACAUGGAAUGAGUGAAAAGGCAGUCAAAACAGAGGAAGAAGUAGAAGUCUUGAAGCAAAACAUCAGUGAUCUAAAAAAUGAAAUAGAAAUACCUACAAAGGCCAAACAGAAGUUGGAGUAUUUGGAGAAUGGAAGUAAAGUGUUUGGGGAAGCGUUGGGGCUAGAAUACAGAAAAACAAAAGGUAACAGGAUCCAAGUGAUAUUUACCCAAAUUGAUGAAAAGAACCCAAAGACACCUUUUUACUUCUUCAUGCGACUGGAGGGCCCAAGUAGGAAAUAUGUUGUGAGUGACGUAGAGCCGCCAGUAGAAGGUCUACAGGAGCUCACCCAGGAGCUGAUCCAGACAAACAACCUGCGCAAGUUUAUGAUUCAGGUCCGCAGGAAGUUCCAGGCACUCGUAAAAGCACAGUGAAGAAAUACUUGCUGUGCUUGUGUUGUUUUCAAGACUUAAACUUCAUCCAUUUCUUUUUUUAAAUGUGGAUUUUUUCCCAGUUGCCCUUGGGAUGCAUGCAUUUAGUCAGUGUACUUAAUGAAGUAGAGUUUACAAGUUUAGCGCAACUAGAAAUAAUAAGUUUCUUGGUUAUGUGAGAUUAGCAAUAUAAACUUUCUCUAUUAUGUGGUUGUUAUGUGAAGAAAUACCUGCUUUGCUUGUAUUGUUUAUAAGACUUAAAAACUAUAAAUAUAUUUCCCUGUCAACCUAAUAAUGCUUGUGUAAAUUCAAGUUCCAGGCAUUCGUAAAAGCGCAGUAAAGAAAAACUUGCUUUGCUUGUUUUGUUUACAAGACUUUAACAACUGUAGACAUUUUCGAAGUAAACCUAUGGGGAAUGGUACAUAAUGCAUGUAUAAAGUUUUUUUUUAAUCUCUCACAACUCGGGUACACGCUUUAAAGUGUGUGUAUUUCCUUAAAAAUCAAUUUAAAUUUAAGACCUUUCUGACCUGAUUUAAGUUUGAAGGCUUCAUUUCCAACACUUGCAUACUGAUGCACAGCAAACAGCAUAAAACUGUAUGUUACUAGCAGGCUGUUCUGGUUUUAUGCUGGUUGUAUACCAGGCUGUUCUGGUUUUAUGCUGGUUGCAUACCAGGCUGUUCUGGUUUUAUGCUGGUUGCAUACCAGGCUGUUCUGGUUUUAUGCUGGUUGCAUACCAGGCUGUUCUGGUUUUAUGCUGGUUGCAUACCAGGCUGUUCUGGUUUUAUGCUGGUUGCAUACCAGGCUGUUCUGGUUUUAUGCUGGUUGCAUACCAGGCUGUUCUGGUUUUAUGCUGGUUGCAUACCAGGCUGUUCUGGUUUUAUGCUGGUUGCAUACCAGGCUGUUCUGGUUUUAUGCUGGUUGCAUAUAGCCAUUUUCUCUUUGCUUCUGAGCAAGAGGGUUAAGUCAAUGUACCUAGAGAGACAAGGAAUAUAGACUUUCUCUGUGAAGUAUAUGUAGGAAUCCACUGGAUAGCUAUUCGUAUGUGAAGCUAGUCAUACACCGUUUUUGUUUUAAGUUUACCGAGGAAUAUUCCAUUUGUCUAUUUUGUGUAUGAAUCAAAAUACAAUUCUCUUAUAAGGGUACAUAAGGAUAUAAAAUUUCCCUGUUAUAUGUGGCUAGAAUUUAACCAUUUUUAUACGCCCGUAUAAAAUACGGGACGUAUUAUGUGAAACCCCUUGGCGGCGGGCGGCGGGCGGAAGGCAUCACUUUGUCCGGACUCUAAUUCAAAUUGUAUUCAUCCGAUCUUCACCAAACUUGGUCAGCAGUUGCAUCUAGUUGAUAUCUAGGCCAAGUUCGAAUAUGGGUCAUGCCGGGUCAAAAACUAGGUCAUAGGGUCAAUAAGUGCAUUUUCAAAGGGGCCACUUUGUCCGGACUCUAUUUCAAAUUGUAUUCAUCCGAUCUUCACCAAACUUGGUCAGCAGUUGCAUCUAGUUGAUAUAUAGGCCAAGUUCGAAUAUGGGUCAUGCCGGGUCAAAAACUAGGUCAUAGGGUCAAUUAGUGCAUUUUCAACGGCGCCACUUUGUCCGGACUCUAAUUCAAAUAGUUUUCAUCCGAUCUUCACCAAACUUGCUCAGAAGUUGAGUCUAGACAAUAUCUAGGCCAAGUUGGAAUAUGGGUCAUGCCGGGUCAAAAACUAGGUCAUGGGGUCACUUAGUGCAUUUCAAGGAUUUCAUGGUGUCCGCUCUCUAAAUGAAGUAGUUUUCACCCGAUCUUCACCAAAUUUGGUCAAAAGUUGUGUCUAUAUGAUAUGUAGGUCAGGUUUAAAUAUGGGUCAUGCCGGGUCAAAAACUAGGUCACGAGGUUACUUAGUGCAUUUCAAGCAUUUAGCAUGGUGUCCGCUCUCUAAUUGAAGUAGUUUUCAUCUGAUCUUCACCUAAUUUGGUUACAAGUUGUGUCUAGAUGAUAUGUAGGUCAAGUUCGAAUAUGGGUCAUGCCCGGUCAAAAACGAGGUCACAUGGUGCAUUUAAAGCAUUUAGCAUGGUGUCCGCUCUCUAAUUGAAGUAGUUUUCAUCUGAUCUUCACCAAAUUUAGUCAGAUGUUACAUCUAAAUGAUAUCUAGGUCAAGUUCAAAUAUGGGUCAUGCCAAGUCAAUAACUAGGUCUUGAGGUCACUUAGUGCAUUUCAAGCAUUGAGCAUGGUGUCCAAAACCUUCGAACGGGCGUAUCUUGUGACAGUUUGGCACUCUUGUUCUUUUAUGUGUAUCUAUGAAUUUAUAGUUUCUCUGUUAAGUGUACAUAGGAAUUUUAAGUUUCUCUGUUGUGUGUGGCUAAAAAUAAACAGAUACUCUGUUACAUGUUAUAUAAGUGUACAUAAAAAUAAUCUGGUUUUUUGCUAUAUGUACACCUGAAUAUACAUUUUAUGUGUUACGAUUUACUGUACCAUUUCUCUUUGUAGUGACUAUUGUACCUAUGAAUAUUCCGCUUCUCUGCCAAGUUACCAUAUAUAAUUGAUUAUUUUUUUACAUCAGGAAACAAUAUGUUCAUGUUGAACUAGAGAUGUUAACUCUUGAGACAGUUGGAAUCUUAAACUGGGUGGGAAAAGGAAAACCACAGGUGAUUGAUUUAGAUUAUUUGUGUUUGUGACAUGGAUUUGUAUUGAAUUUAAGUGAUCACAUGCAGAAUUAAAUAAAGUGUGAUGUAUCAUUUAGAAAAGAAUACUUGUUAUGUUCAAUAAUUGCAAAAUUUGAACAGCUUAAUUUAUACACAAGCUAUGACAUAGAUUUAUUGUGUCAAUUCAAAUAACUUGGGAGCAACAUGGUAAACACACUUGUGAAGUACAAUAUGUUUAACACUAUUGCAGCCAAAAUAAAAAUAGCAGCAUCAAAA